UCUAUGGCCCUUCCCCACUCUUUCAACAAUUCUCUCUCCCUUGCUCUAUAUUUCUCUCCCAUUAACUUUGAUACCCUUUUCUUUAUCUUCCUCUCCUUGUUUGUCUUUCUAUCCCUUCCCAAUUUCUUUCCAUCUUUCUCUUCUCUAGCUCUAUUUUUCUCUUUGCAACUCUCUCUUGAUUAUAUGGUUUUACUGGGAGAACUUAUUUUUUCUUAACAUAGUGUGAAAAAUCUGUGACAGCGAUAGGAAAGCACAAAUUUCAAGGCAUGUGCAAUUAAAAAGAAAUCUUUUUUACUAACAAAAUUAUAUAGAACUCGUGCAGUUUUCUUUUCUUUUCGUGGUUUCCAAACACAGCCUAAAAGAAAGAUAUGUCUCUCCUAGACCAGCCUUUUGUACAAAAUGGAACCGCAAAGAUCACUCGCCCAUCAGCCAAUUUCCAUCCCAGCAUUUGGGGUGAUCGCUUCCUCACAUAUAAUCCUAGUGAUAGGAUGCAUCAUCCUUGUCUUGAUCAAGUUGAAGAGUUGAAAGAAGAAGUGAGGAGAAUGCUAGAGGUUGUUGCUAAUGAGUCUUUAAAGAAGUUGAGCUUAAUUGAUUCAUUGCAAAGGCUUGGUGUGGCAUACCACUUUGAAGGAGAGAUUGAAGAGGCACUAGAGCAGAUAAAUGAUGCCCCAAAUGGUUUUGAUGACAAUAACCUUUAUACUGUGGCUUUGCGGUUUCGCUUACUAAGACAAGAAGGUUAUAAUGUCCCUUGUGAUGUUUUCAACAGAUUCAGGGACAGCAAUGGAAGUUUAAAGGAGGACUUAAUCAAUGACAUAAGUGGUAUGCUAUGCUUGUAUGAAGCUACACAUUUGAGGGUACAAGGAGAGGAUAUUCUAGAUGAAGCCCUGGAGUUCACUACCACUAGACUUAAAUCCAUAGUCAGUGAUCUAAAACCUCCUCUUGCAACACAAGUGAUGCAUGCCUUGGAACAACCCCUCCACAGGGGCAUAUCAAGAAUAGAAGCUAGACAGCAUAUAUCUGUUUAUGAAGAAGAUAAGACAAAGAAUGAAUCUCUGCUUAAGCUUGCAAAAGUAGAUUUCAAUCUACUACAGUCUAUCUACCUGCAGGAGUUAAGCCAAUUGUCAAGAUGGUGGAAAGAAUUAGACUUUGCAUCAAAGCUACCUUAUGCUAGAGACCGGCUUGUGGAGGCCUAUUUUUGGGCUGUAGGGAUGUGUUUUGAGCCACAGUAUGCUCUUGGUAGAAAUUUCUUAACCAAAGUUAUAAUCAUGAUUUUGAUCAUAGAUGAUACAUAUGAUGCAUAUGGUACACUCGAAGAACUCAAGCUCUUCACAUAUGCGAUAGAGAGUUGGGACCUUAGAGCAAUCGAUGGACUCCCUGAAUACAUGAAGAUGUUAUACUCUACACUCUUAGAUAUUUAUGUUGAAGCUGAGGAAGAGUUGAGAAAGGAAGGACGAUCUUAUCGUGUUAAUUAUGCAAAAGAAACGAUGAAAUCACAAGUUAGAUCCUACUUCAUAGAAGCCAAAUGGUUUAAUGAUGGAUACAUUCCGACAUUUGAAGAGUAUAUGCAAAUUGCAUUAAUCAGUUGUGCUGUUACCAACGUCACAGUCGCUUCCUUGGUUGGCAUGGGAGAUGUUGUCACUAAGGAAUCCUUUGAUUGGGCAAUGAAUGAACCUAAGAUGGUGAAGGCUUCAAGCUUAAUUGGCAGGCUCAUGGAUGAUAUGGCGUCCCACAAGUUUGAGCAAGAGAGAGGACAUGUUUGUUCUUCUAUUGAGUGCUACAUGAAGCAAUAUGAUGUCUCAGAGAAAGAGGUACAUGAUGAGUUCAACAAAAGAGUAGUGGAUGCAUGGAAAGAUACAAAUCAAGAGUGCAUCAAACCGACCGCUGUUCCAAUGCCAGUUUUGUUGAUGUAUGUUAACCUUAAUCGUAUAGUUGAUGUUAACUACAAGUAUAAAGAUGGUUUCACUCUUGCCCAUGAAGUGAUGAAGGAGUUCAUCACCUCAUUGCUUAUUGAUCCCAUACGCAUAUGAGCUUCGAGUUGUGACUCCAGACCCACUUUAUAAUAAGGUUCCUUGUAGUAAUGAAUCUCUUAUCUCGUUUGCUUUAAUGUUUGUUUGUUUCCUUCGUGUGUCUCUAUAGGCUUUGCUUUCUCUCUUUUGGGUUUGUCCUCUAGAUAUUUGGUGUUGCUUUCAGUCCCUUGUGUAUACCCUCCCCCCCUCCUUUUUUUUUUCCUUUCCUUUUUAAUGAAGUUUGAUUUCUUCUUACUUA